CACACAUAACAUUCUUAUAUUUCAAAUGUUCAUGUGAGUUGAAUAUAGAACCUCCAAAAAAGUAUUUAAAUUGGGAAGAUUUAUAGCCAAUGCCUGCAUCAACUGCUUAAUAUGACCACCUUGAGAAAGGCUUCCACAUUAAAACCAACAACAGUACAAAGUGGCCAAAUUACUUUAUAGGUAACACCUAUUAUUAGAUAUGUAGCAACAUCCCAACAGAUAAAUAAACUAUUAGCUUGUAGAUAUAAGAUAAAUAACAUGUAUAUUUGUUUAAAUUUAUUUGCAUUUAAACCAAAAUAGUUUUGUUUUUUUUAAUACGGUACCGUUGAUGUUACAGAACCAUCUGCAUCUAAACAUACAUUAUUAUUUUGUGAAUCGUCACAUUAUCUCAUUGUUAUUUCCUUGAGGUAUCAGUUUACCGUGGUGGAUAUUUACUGUAUAUGUUACAGUUCUGUAGAGGUAAGACAUUUGAAGUUUAUGGUUUUAAUUAAAUGGAAUAAAACGAUAAUUACUCAACACAAAACAAAUGCUGUCCCUCAGUUUCCCUUGUUUAAUCAAUUAUUGAUUAUCAAUAAAUAACUGUGACAGUAAUUUAAUAUAGAAAUUGUUGUGAUCUAACUAAAAUGCACAUGUAUUUUAGAAAUCAUUUUUUAGCCUUACCUUUCUUUUAUCCUUGAGAUUCACUUUCCUUAUUUUCCUUAGAAAUGUAUCAUCUCUGCAGAGGUUUGUUUGACUGUAGUCCUGGGCAAGGUGAUCUCUGAUUAAACUUGACAAAGAAAUACAUAUCCCAGUUUCCACAGUGGUAGCUCCAGUUAGGAUUAACUAAAGGCCACAUUUACAAGACAAUUCAGUUGCCUUUACUAGUUUUGCAACAUAUUUUAUUGACAGAUUACGGCUUCAGUAUGGCAAUACAAAUGCCAGCAUCCCAGAUGAGAGGAAAAUUUGCUUCCAAUCAGGUUUUAAAAUGCUCAAUGUAGAAGUGAAUUGCCUUUGAUUAGUAAUCAAUUGUAAAGGUGAGGGAAGGACAGCUUUUUUCUUUUGAAAUCAAAACAUUAAUGAAUGGGCAUGUUUUGAUUAAUUUAAUACAUGCAGAUAAAUACAUCUUGAAAGUAAUUACACAGGAAACAGGAGUCUCAGCACACCCCUACUCUGGGAUUCACUUCUCAAUACCAUGUCUGCUCUAAUGUGGCUGUAAUGGAAAGAGGUGACAUAUACUUACAUGAUCUAAGUUUGAAUGCAUAAGUUCACUUUCUUUGAGCAACCUGUAGAAUUUGUCAGCAAAAUGAAUUUCAGGUCUGGCUAAUCCUAACAACAUUGUAAUAUAUAUUAUAAAUAACCACCAAAUGCUGUUUAUUUUAAAACAAAACUAGAAAACAAGAAUGAAUUCAUUGCAUCAUAUAAAAACCACAAUGUUCAGUUGUACGUGCUUAUUUAAAUAUGUUUUUAAUGUACUUGAUUAUAUUUAGCCAGGAGGCUGGUUUCAAUGAUGCAAUAGAGUAUGUAUGUGUGAAUUGUAUUUUGUAAUUGUAUUGUAGCUCCCUCCGUUUGGGGUAAUUGUCUGAGCCAAUAAGCCAACAACGACCUGUCAAGUGUAUCUGAUGGGCUGUCAGCUUCCUCAAUCCACAUUUCAUGAGUACUGAGCCUCUUCCAGCUGACAAAAGCCCUCACUCCUUGUCACAAACUCAGAGACACCUCACAGAACUUGCAUGGAGCCUCGUACUGCGAUUCUCCACCUGACAGUUUUUAUUUGUAAAUGUUUUCAUACAGGAGUCCUCCGAGAUGCAGCUUGUUUCCAAGAAUGACCUGCUCAACUUGUUUAAGGGCAAGGCUAGCAUGUGAAUAGUGCUGAGACCCCUGCUCUCAACCACUGCUUGCGGAGAUGGUGAGGCAGAAUAAGAUUGCUGAGCUGCAGGCCUUUCAGUGCUCGCUCAAGCUACAGAGUAACUCCUUGCCUUUGGUGUCUGCAAAAGAGACCAGUGUAGGGCUCUCCUCCCUCCGGCAUAGCCCUCCUACCUCUGAAGAGCUGCCCCUCAGCUCCCACGCCAUGCCAGAGACGGUGAGCAGCCAACCACUCCGCAUAGUGGAUGCAGGGAAAAGAAAGAAAAAGAAAAAGAGAACAAGAGUGACUGAUGGCUCCACUGGUAACUUCAAUGAUGUGUACAAGCUGACCGAUGAACUCCUGGGACAGGGGAGCUAUGCCAGGGUACAGGGCUGCAUCAGCUUACAGAAUGGGAGGGAGUACGCUGCCAAGAUCAUUGAAAAGAAAGCUGGGCACAGCCGCAGUCGUGUGUUCCGUGAGGUUGAGACACUCUACCAGUGUCAGGGGAACAAGAAUAUUUUGGAGCUGAUAGAAUUCCUUGAAGAUGAGACGCGGUUCUACUUGGUGUUUGAGAAGCUUCAAGGAGGCUCAAUCCUGACUCAUAUACAGAGUCGGAAGCACUUUGAUGAAAGAGAAGCUAGCAGGGUGGUGAGAGACAUAGCGGCAGCCUUGGAUUUCCUCCAUACUAAAGGUAUUGCCCAUAGGGACCUGAAGCCUGAGAAUAUACUCUGUGAAUCUGCAGACCAGGUGUCUCCAGUAAAGAUCUGUGACUUUGACCUGGGAAGUGGAGUGAAGCUGAGCAGUGCCUGUACGCCCAUAACGACCCCUGAGCUAACCACGCCAUGCGGCUCUGCAGAAUACAUGGCCCCAGAGGUGGUGGAAGUGUUCACAGACGAGGCCUCCUUCUACGAUAAGCGCUGUGACCUGUGGAGUCUGGGGGUGAUCCUCUACAUCCUGCUCAGCGGCUGCCCUCCCUUCACUGGGAACUGCGGGACAAACUGCGGCUGGGACCGGGGGGAGACGUGCCGCUCCUGCCAGAACAACCUGUUUGAGAGUAUCCAGGAGGGAAAGUAUGAGUUUCCUGAGAAGGACUGGGCCCACAUCUCUGACAGUGCCAAGGACCUGAUCUCCAAGCUGCUGCUGCGUGAUGCUAAGCAGAGGCUGAGCGCCGCCCAGGUUCUGCAGCACCCAUGGGUGCAGGGGAAAGCUUCAGAGAGAGGCUUGCAUACCCCUCGCAUACUACAGAGGAACAGCAGUACAAAGGAUCUGACCCAGUUUGCUGCUGAUGCCAUUGCCUUUAACCGGCAGCUGUCCCAGCAUGAUGAGGAGCAGGAGGACAUGCUGCCCAGCCUCUGCUCCAUGAGACUGUCUCCCCCCUCCAACUCAAGACUCGCCCGCAGGCGUGCCCAGAGCCACGCCCUCAGAGCCACAGACUUCCUCCCAGCGAGCAGCGAUGACACCUCCUGGCCCCGCCCCACAGCAAGCAGCGAUGACACCACCUGACCCCGCCUCUCGGCUUCUCCUAGCUUGAUGGAUCUUCAGCAGUGUCUCUACCUCCUGAUCCUACCCAUUUUCUUACACUAGUCAAUGGUACCAGCAGAGUUUCAACCACUGAACCCAGUUUUCUUAAAACCACACAGGUUCUAGCUGUGACGUGCCUGCAAUGCUGCAGCUUCUAUUUUUGCUUGCCACCUACAGUUCAAAACUUUGGAGCCCUGCCGGGUGUUAAAUCUGCUGGUCUAAUAUACAUAAGCUAUAUGCUACUCCGCCAAAAA